AUGCCGUGCAGCAGCACAGAAGACGGAGCAUGGGUCGGUUGCUUCGCGAGCAGUUCACGUGGGACGGAUCUAGGGGCGUGUACGGCUGCGGGCUCAAGCCAUACCAGCAACAGCCGCAGAUCCCAACAGCGGCAGCAGUGGGAGACUGGUGGGACAGGAGCCGCCUCUUGCAGGGUAAGCUGCAGUAGUUCGUCAGACCGAAUCGUAGACAACGAUUGCAACGAUUCUGCGGCUGUGGAGGCUUUGGCUCUGGACGGUUCCCACAUCGUCGCAGUUGUUGGUGCUCCGCGCCUUGGUAGUCCAUCUGCCACUCCCAUUGCCCCACUCCCCCCGUUGAAGCCGAUGCAGCUUGCAGCAGCAGCUGCUGCUGCAAGCGCUGCAGCGCAGGAUAAGAACUGCGGAGGCAGCGGGAGUGACGGCGACAGCGAUCUUGACUUCUUCACACCUCUUUCGUCUCCGCUCAGAGAACUCCCCACACCGUCCAUGCCUGUUGCAGCCGUUGCGCAGGGUAGUGCUGCCGGUCAGCACCAGCAGCAACAGCCUGGACAACAACAGAAGCAACCGAAGAAGCUGGAACAGCAGCUGUUGCAGCGGCUGGCUCCUGUGCAAAUGUCUGGGAGCAAUGACCAUGGUUCUCCUUUGCUAUUAAGAAGCAUUGCCAACAACAGGCAGCAACACAGCACAAGCACAAGUAGCCUACCUCCGGCAAAGGAGUGUGGGUUGCUCCUGGAUCGAUUACCGCUGAGGCGGCGUUAUAUGUCUACCGACUGUGGCAGCUCCCUUCUGCACCGAGAACCGCACCAAGAGCAGCACCUGCAUCCGUGUACACAAGCUGCAACAGCCGCUGCCGUUGGAACGCAUUUCCUAACGAAAAAUUGUGCAAAUGGCGCUGCAUCAAAAGAUAGGGCGCCACAGAGCUACAGGAUUUCGAGGGCCCCUCUGCAGAGCCGGCGCUGCCAGGGAAGAGCUUUGCAGUACCAUCAGAAAAAGCAUCAGUUCCGGUGGGUGCAGCAGGAUCUGCUUGAAGAGAAGGGGCAGCUGCAGCGGCGGCAACAGCAGCACGGACUGCAACGAGAAGCACCAGAUGAAGACAUAAGGAUGCCGCUGGUCCCUCCUCCCGCCUCCUCUUCUCCUCUUCUAGCCAGCAGCCGCGUGGCUCCCCCAACUGUAAAUUCUGUUUCUUUCCACACUGAGGAGGGAGCUGCUGUAACGGCAGAAGCUGCUGAUUAUCCUGUUGGUACUGAUUCAAGGGAGGCGGUAGGAGUAGGAGUUGGUGAGCUUUCCAACUCUUCAAACUCCGCCGUGCUAGCUGAGGGAGAAAAGCAGCAGCUGAAUUCACCGUCGAUCUUCUUGGCGCCAGUUCGCCUGCAUCAACCGCAGCGUGAGGGGCAAGUAACGCAACAGUGGCUCGCUUUCCGGCCGCAACAGCAGCAGCAACAGACGGAGGACACCGAGAACUUACUCCAAUGCAGAGUAGUGAACGCGAGGUGCUGCGACAGCCAGGCCUGCACCACAUGGGGCGCCUUGCCCACUGUGCAGGCAGCCGCUGUCAUUCCUGCAAGUGCUUGUAUUCAUUCCAAUGGCAGGAGUAGUGAACGCGAGGUGCUGCGACAGCCAGGCCUGCACCACAUGGGAAGUGUUGCACGAGUGGAGGAGAUAGACUUCAGUAGCCACAGGAAGAGGAAAAGAGGGGGAGAAUGCAGCGCUAGACUGCUGCUAAUGCUACAGCCGAAUGCGUCAUCAGCAGAUGCCGCCUUACUUGACGUGUUGGGCACUGCACUUACUGCAGAGGAGACGCGCGAGUUGCGCAUGCAACAGCAGAAAGCGGCAGAAGAAGCCGCAGCAGCAGCUGCUGCGGCAGAAGCAGCUGCACGGGAAAGAACAGCUGCUGCCGCUGCAGCAGAGGCAGCAGCCGCUCGAGCAAAGGCAGCACAAGAAGCCGAAGAGGUGGCAACACGUGCCAAAGCACAAGCAGAUGCGUCGCAGGCUGCGAUAGCUGCUGCAGCUGUUACUUCAACUAGACUACCAACAGAGGGGCCUCAAAAUACGCUCCCGCAGGCCAGAAUUGCAGCAGAAGCUGCAGUUCGUACUACUGCGGGCAGUACUGCACUGUUCGGAACCAUGAGGCCAGCUGAGUCUGACCAGCAAUUGCCGCAGCACGCGCUUGCGGACCUGCAGCAAAUGCAGUCACAUCAACCACAGGAGCAGGUAGGGCCACAGACGCAGCAGCCACAGCUUCAACAGGAGAAGCUACAUGGGCAAAAGCUGCAGGGCACCGCAGGUAAUACUUCCGGCCUUGGGGAACUGGGUGCUUUGCCAGGCCGGCCCAAGUUGCGCAUUCGCAGAGCGAAUGGGGCCUCUGGAGCUGCACCGUCAUUGACAGCUGCCUUCCCAGCCAUCUCGGCAACUCCACCACAGAGGAUAGGUUUCCAGCAGCAACAGCAGCCGUCUUUUGCUCCCCAGACCCCGUCAGUGGGGCAGCAACCGCCUCUGCAGCAGCAGAUGGACGUGCAGGGGUCAGUGUUUCAGCCUCCGCAGGUCCAGCAACAUCAGCAGUAUUCCCAGCAGCCACAGCUGCAGCAGCAAGCGCAGCAGCAACAGCCAGCAGCUGACGGACUAGGUCUUGGAUUGGCAGAAUUUGGCCCCACGAAGGUUCCAGACGUCACUGACGCAGCAAUCCCUUCGCCUUCGUCGCUGGGCGAGGACGAGGAAGGGGGGUCAGGAGGGGCGGGGUGCGGCGUCGUUAACGAGACAAACUGA